AUGAGUAUCAAAAACACUGCUGUGAAAGAUCUCAGAGACUUACUUCCCAUUGAUGAUGAUUCAUUGGGUCAAAUGGUGGAUAAUGCCUUAGCACUACCCUCUCAAAGCGCAAUUACAGAGUAUUGGCUCGGACUAUUGGGUGAAGCUCCAGAUGCUUUAACUUUUAUAGAAAAUUUCACCACCAAAUUGACAGCUCCAGUUGAACCAAAACCUAGUCCCAAACCUUCUAAACCACAGUUCAAACCAGUUGCAAAUACACCUUCGAGACCUCCAAGUGGUAGAAACGAUAAGAAUCCAUGGAAUCAACCUGUUGCUGAAAAGAAUAAAUUGAAUAAUAAACCAAGAUUAAGUAAGAAUGUUAGUUCAACUACUUCUCAAUUGCUGGAUAAACCUCAAGAAAAACCAUCAAAACAAAGUGCUAAACGUGAAAAACAGAGGAAAGUUGAUAAUUUAAACGAUUUAGAUGAAAUUUUAAAACAAUUAGAAGUGGAAGAUUCAAAUAACAUUGAUCCAAGUGCUAAAGUUGUAUGUAACUGUAUGGCUACAAGACAUCCAUUAUUUGAAGCUGCGCCAAAUUGUUUGAAUUGUGGUAAGAUCAUAUGUGUUAAAGAAGGUUAUAGACCAUGUAGUUUCUGUGGACAUGAAAUUAUUUCAUUAGAGGAAAAAUUACAAAUUAUUCAAGUGUUAAGAGGUGAAAAAUUACAAUUAGAAUCACCUUCAAGAACUCCAGAACCUCAAUCUUCAAAUGAAAAACAAAAAAAGAAAAAAAUUACACUAAGUUCAGGUGCUGGUGUAAAUUUAUGGAAUCAACAAGAUGCAUUAUUUAAAAAAUUAGAAGCUGAGGAUUUGAAAAAAGCUGCAUUAGCUAAAAAGCAAGCUGAAGAAUCAAAGAAAUUAAAAGAACAAGAUGAAGAAUUAAGUUAUUAUAGUAAUCAAAAGGGUAUUGAUCCUGAUUUAUUAAAAGCUCAGAAAAAUUUAGAAAAUUUAUUAAAUUUCCAAGCUAAUAGUGCAGAAAGAACCAAGAUUAUUGAUCAAGCUUCAGAUUUUGAAAUACCCACCGGUUCUAAUUUAAAUAUAUGGUCAAGUAGUGUUGAAAAGGCACUUCAAUUAAAGAAACAACAAAAACAAAUGAGAAAAAUGGAGAAGAAGCAAAAAGAACUUGAUGGUAGAGGUAAAAAAGUUAUGGAAAUGGUUAUUGGUAAAGAUGGUAAAGUAAUUAUGAAAGAACGUAAAAUUGAUCAUGAACCUGAAGAUAGUGAAGAUGAAUUAGAUAAUGAAGAAAUUGCUAAACUUGAAAAAGAUAUUCAAUCAAAGAAAAAUCAAUCAAGUGAAGAAGCUUCUAAAAAUAUAUAUGAUUAUGAAAAAGAGAUCGCCAAAUGGGAGAAACCUAAAUAUCAAGGUACCGAAUCAUCUAAUGAAACUGUUGAAACUAAAGCUACAGAAUCAUUAGAAAAGGCUAAAUGGGAUAGAAUUCAACUUGGUGGUGAUUCAAAAAACAUUGAAGAUAUGUUGGUUGUUAUAUAA